AUGAAAUUAGAUACUGAUCCGAAAACAGAACACCGAAGGAUGACCUUAGAGCAUCCAUCACUCAAAUUUGUUACCGAAAGAUGGCAUCAUGGAUACAGGGCAGAUGUAGAAAUUCGUAAACAUAUAAAUCCGAAAAUGGUUGGCUAUGGUUGCGAUCUUUUUGUUGGUAAUAUGAAAAUUAGUGUAAUAAAUACACACUGUUUUGUUCCAUUAAAACGACGUUUAAGCUCAGUGAAUGAUAAUAUCGUCGAAUCGUCCAAUGAUUUUUUAGCCUAA